CAUUUAUUGAAAUUGGAUCGUGAUAAAAUCACACCUUCUUUUGUCUAUAUAACAUUGACUCUUUUCCACUUGAAAUUCACAUCUAUUCCAACAUUGAACCAGUUAACUUUAAGCCAUUCACUUUUAAAUACUCGUUCAAAGAAAUCCUUUCAAAAUGAAAUUCAUCUUAUUCGCAGUUUGUUUAAUCGGAGUUGUCUUCGCCAUGCCAGGAGGAUGGAGUUCACUUUCUGUUGAUCAUCCAACUGUUAUUCAAUUGGCUGCUAAAGGUGUUGAGCAUCACAACAAGAUUGCUAACAAUUUGUAUUACAAGAGGCUAAUCUCCAUUGAGGAAGCUAAAAGCCAAGUUGUUGCUGGAAUUAAUUAUGAAGUUAAAUUCUUGAUUGGUAAGACUGAAUGUGUUAAAUCAGAUGCCAAUGCUGCUUCAUGUGAAGUCUCCGCUAAUGCAAUCCCUGAAUUGUGUACCUAUGUUUUCUGGGUUCAACCAGGAUCUGAUAAUGCACAAAUCACCCAAGCCUCUUGUGGUCCUGCUAAGUAAUCUCAAAGACAAAUGGCUUGUUCAACCUUUUCUUGUUUUUAAAUGUAAAUUUCCAAGGAAUCCACGUUAAUGAAGCUAUAGAUGCUCUUGAAAUACACAUCUAAUUGACACUUAAAUUGUGCUGACUAUCUUUCCAGUUAUUGAUUAAAUGCAUCUCAUCUUCAAUUGCGUGUUUUCAUUAACAUGCAGUUUCUUUCUAACUAUCCAUUGUUUUUUGUAUUCCUAUUAUCAAAAAAGAUUGAAAGUAAAACAAAUAUAUAAUUUUAUUAUUGAAA